AUGACUGCAAUCUACGUGAUGUCCGUGCUUUUUGGCCUGGCAUGUGGACAAGUGAUGUCUUUUUGUUUUCCAACUGAGUAUAUGAUGCAUGUCGAAAGGAAAGAGUGUGCUUAUUGCCUAACCAUCAACACCACCAUCUGUGCUGGAUAUUGUAUGACACGGGAUAUCAAUGGCAAACUGUUUCUUCCCAAAUAUGCUCUGUCCCAAGAUGUUUGCACCUACAGAGACUUCCUGUACAAGACUGUAGAAAUACCAGGAUGCCCACACCAUGUUACUCCCUAUUUCUCCUACCCGGUAGCUGUAAGCUGUAAAUGUGGCAAGUGUAAUACUGACUAUAGCGACUGCAUACAUGAGGCCAUCAAGACAAAUGAUUGUACCAAACCCCGGAAGUCCGAUGCGGUAGGAGUUUCUAUCUAA